AGCACUUUUUCAGCGCAGCGUCUUUUUAAAAAUCAUUGUAUUUUGUCUGUAAAUGUCGAGUUUUUGAUUUUGUGCACUAACUGAUUCACCAGUACAGCUAUCAAUGGACUUUGUACCUCCUUCAGUUCCUGAGCCUAGCUCAGCCCAUUUAAUUCAUUUCUUCCUCGUGGUUUAUUUUGCUAACAAAGGGGAAAUAAUGUCACAAGUUCUUCAGUCCACACAUCACCCAGCCAACAUCAAGCUGUCUGACAUGUGCACCAGUGCAGACAGAAGGAAGGAAUCUCCAUAUUCUGUAGAAACCCCUUAUGGCUUCCACCUGGACUUGGACUUUCUGAAGUACGUGGAUGACAUAGAGAAAGGAAACACCAUCAGGAAGGUUAAAAUACAAAAGAAAGCCAAACAACCAAAAUGCAGCACAUUGCCAAGAAAUUUCAGCAUCCUUGAUUCUCAGUUCCCCUCAGCUGUAUCUCGUUCCUGCAGAAGCUAUGGGGAUAAGAGGAUGGCACCUUCAUCCUGGGCACCUACCAAUGGAUGUAAAGUAACCAAUCUUCAAGAAUUAUUCAUAGAUUCUCAAGGUAACACAGAAUGCAGCAUGCAUGAUUACAGAUCUGCAAAGACUUUAUCUGACACCAAGGAAAGGUUGAAGGAGAAUGGGAAAUCUGUUCCAAGUUGGAUAAAGCCUCCUUUUCUUAGGGCAGCCAGCAUGCCAGUUAGUUUAAAGGAAUUGAAUUUAGAAGAACAGCAUCAAUCUCUUUCCUCAUUCCAGCAGAAAUUAAAGCACUUGGAAAAUGAUGGCAUCUGUAUAUCAGGUGACCCAGUUGUCCAGGAGAACGCUACCGCCUCCGGAGUAAUGCCGCAUUCAGACCUGACACCAACCCAGCUCUCUCAGGUACAGCAACAAAUUAGGAUUGACCAAGAUAAAACCAAAGAAAUGGAACAACAAGUAAAAACCAUUUCUGAACUUAAAAAGCAAAUAUUUGUGUUGCGGGAAGAAAAUAAAAAGCUCAAUAUUCAAAUAAAAGAUCAACAGAGCACUGUGCAGCAUGCAAGCUAUGCGCUACAGAGGAAAGCCAAGGUUAAUAUGAAUAAAGGUGGGUGUGUCAAUAAAGGAAGUCAAAGUAAUUCAUCAAUGGCAACAAUUGACUCCGAAGGACAACUGCCACGUUCAAGCAAAGGUCCAUUCUCCGAAGUUUUUCUGUCAAAUGACAACUUUAAAUAUGAAAAAACAACAGACCUCGAUUAUCAAAAUGAAUUUGCUUUGGUAAGUGAAAACAAGAACCUUGAUCCUAUUCCCCACAAAGAGUUACUUCAGAACUCUUGUGCUGUAGGAGACAGUGAACACAGAAUGAGGGAUGUGGGUGUUCAAGUUACUGAAGAGGAGCUGAGUUUGGUAUUUGUGGUACACCCUAGCACAGAGAAGCUUUCCAUUAAAGAAUUGAGAACCACAGUCUCCAUAUUACAGCAGCAGCUUGAAGCUCAAAGACAUAAGCUUGAACAGCAGCAUGCCAUGCUGGAUGCUAGCAAGGUUAGCCUUUACCCAAAGACACUACAAGGUGAUCAGUCUAUGUAUUUGGAAAGGAAACAUGAACAAGAUCGAUUUGACCAACCAAGCAACAAAGAGUAUGCUGAACCAAAGCUGAGUGAGCUAAAGGAAACGUGCAUAGAUGGAACUGACCUCCAACCAUUCACUCGGUCAGUAGGUUGUGGAGAUUGUACUGUAAAUGUAACGGUCACAACAUUAAAAGAGACGCAAAGUUUUGGGGUUAAUACAGAUCGUAUCACUGUCAAUGAUGUGGAAAUUACGGCAACAGUUGAAACAAUCGACAAAGCAACAGAUUCUACAGUCAGGGUGUGCAGCAAAGCUGUUGAGACUGAGCGUGCACCAUUAUUGCAUUGUAUCCCUCAUGUAAUUGGUGUGUGUAACAGAGUAAACAAAGAAGUAAAACACACUGGAGUAAGUAGUGACAAUGUAGAGAGUAUCAUUGACAACCUAAAGAGCAAUCAAGCCAGGUCUGCUGAUGGCGGAAGUGCUGUAAUAGAAAAUGGAAAAGAAUGUUUAAUUAUUGCAGACAUUCAAUAUGGUGAAUGUGAAAAGGAAGUAGAUUGCCAAAUUUCAGAAUCGCAGGAUGUGACUUUGCAACCUGAAUCCAAGUUAAUUUCAACAAACCCUGAAAUAGAGCAGUGUAUUAAAAAGAUUGAGGAUCUUUUGUGCAAACAGCAAACUUUUUUGGAGCAGAAUUAUCCUGAGUUGGCACAAAACUUUAAGAGACUUUGUUCUGGUAUUGAAUCCCUCAGUAGCCAACUGAUGAACUCUCUUCAACCAUUGCCCUCAUCAGAUUCUACACUUAACCAAUCAGACGAGAGCUCUCAUAGAAAGGAGUGUGAACCAGUUGUCUCUCAGUCUGUGGCUCUUAAAUCUAUUAUGAAAAAGAAGGAUGGAAAUUUCAAAUCAAGUAGUCUCCCAGCCAAAAAAAGUCUUCACUUCAUUGGUGUAAAUGGCGGCUAUGAGAGCACGUCAAGUGAAGAUUCCACCUCAUCAGAAGGAAGCUCAGACAGUGACUUGGAAAAGGAACGUGUCAAUGCGGGAAAUGGAACCCCACGUACUGACAACAAAGCAGAAAUGUCCGAGGACACAGAGAAAACAGGACCUGAGGAGAUCCAGCCAACAGGAAUUAAUGCUACAGUCAAUGCUAUGGAGCGCCACAGUAAAAGGCAUGAAUCGAAGUUGAGCCUCUUCUCUGUUUGUCAUAGCUUGAAGGAUCACCUCAAUGAGUUGGGGGCCACAAAUGACAAAGAUUUGAGGCAGAAUUUAAACACUGUUCAGUGGGAAUGGUUCAGGAUUUCCAGCCAAAAAUCUGCAGCUCCUGAGACAGUUCAGGACUUUCUCCUAGAACUCCAAGAAAUGUCAUCGGAACUACUUCACUUUAUUGUAAACUUAACAGAUGAAAAUCAGAACACCGCUCUCCAUUACAGUGUCUCCCAUUCCAACUUCCACAUUGUGAGGCUCUUACUGGACACAGGUAUGUGCAAUGUGGACCAUCAGAACAAGGCUGGAUACACUGCUACCAUGUUAGCUUCAUUAGCCUGCGCUGAAUCCGAUGAAGAGUUGGCAGUAGUCAUGCAGCUUCUUCAUUUGGGAAAUGUCAACAUCCAAGCCACUCAGGCCGGUCAGACAGCAUUAAUGCUGGCUGUCAGUCAUGGGAGGAUCAAUAUGGUAAAAGCUCUCCUGUCAUGUGGGGCUAAUAUGAAUAUCCAAGAUGACGAUGGAUCCACUGCACUCAUGUGUGCAAGUGAGCAUGGGCAUGUGGAGAUCGUUAAGCUCCUGUUGGCUCAGCCUGGCUGUAACACAGCACUAACUGAUAAAGAUGGGAGCACUGCUUUGACCAUUGCACUGCAAGCUGGGCAGAAGGACAUUGUUGUACUGUUGAGCACCCACAUGGAUUGUGGCACCUCUCCAAUCCUUUGAUUUACAUUCCCCUCUGCCUCUCUUAUUCCUCCACAAUCAAAAGCAAACAGUAAAGAUCUUUAUUUCUGAACUAGCAGCUGCAAACACCACAACCUCACAUAUUCGAAUUGCUCAUUUGAAAAGUCUCAUAAUCCUUUGAGCCAAAUGAGUUAUCCGAAGUAUUUGAGCACAGGCUUUAAAUUUUCCUCCUCGACCAUUCAUUUAAAAGUUGUUUUUGUGUUAUAAUCCAGCUUGAAUCACCACCCCACCACCUUGCGUCACCUCCCCCCCCACCACACCCAAAGCAGUUAUAAUUUCUCAUCUUAAUAAGUGAAGAUGGCUGUUCCAAAUAUAUUGCUUUGAAGCUUGUUACAUAAUAAUUCUGCAAAAUUCCUGCUUUGUUUCAGAGGAUUGACAUUAAAUUCGGUUUUGCAUGUAUGUUACCCAGAUAAUGUUGCACGAUAAUCUCUCAAUGCUCUCAUAGUUAAGAUGCUUAAAAAGAAAUGAUUCACAUAAUAUGGAAUUAAAUUAUGCAAAUUCCAUUUCAAUUCUGACCAAAAUAUUUAAGUCCAGCACAUUCUAAACAAAGGAUAAAUACAAGCCACAUUUACUGUACUGUAUAUUAAGAAUCUUUAUAUGUUUGCAAUCUCUUCAAAUUCACAUGUUUUACAAAGCUCUAUUGGGAAACGGGAGGACCUGUUGGUGAAAAUGUACAGUCAUUAAACUGACAUGAGAUGGUUUCAAGAGCAACAAUGUGACUGCAGCAUUUAGUGUUUUAUUUGCAUCACAUAAGCAGAGUCCUUCUCUUUUAUAUUUCUUGUAUAUUAAAAUUCAGUAUCUUUGUUGACUUAAUAUUUGAUGCCAGCUAAUAUGAAAUCUAGAUGAUUGCCACUGCAGUUUAUAAUAUUAAUUAGAAGACAUUGAAAUUGUUGAGUAUAUUCAAUGUACACGCUCACCCUGGUGAUUCCUGGGUAGGUCACCAGAUAGAACAACCACCAGACUGUUUACUUUCAUACCUUACGGUAGAUUCUAAACAAUGGGAGGUAUGUCAAGAGUCUAACAACAAAUAGUCAUACCAUUAAAGAAACAUUUUUGGCAAUCAAAAUAGUUUGUUUUCAGUCAAUUUGGGCGAAAGACCCAAUGUGAACAAAUUAAAUGAGAAAAGGUUUUUUUGCCCACACACAGAGCUAGAUGAGAUCGCUCUCUCUCUCUCUUUCUCCCUCUCCCUGUCAGUCAGAAAGCCAAAAACUCACGGAAGGAGAAUAAUUGGGCAACCUGUACCAGAGGAAGAUUUGACUAGUUCGUUUGAGAUAAGUUAACUUGUUUCAGCUAGAAGAUAGGCAGAGUUGCUUUUUAUUUAUUUCAAUGAUACAAGGGAUGGUAGUAAAUCAGUUCUCACUGAAAAAUUGUACUCAGUAAUUGAUGUAAAAUAAACCAAUUUAUUGAUUGGAAA